AUGAUUGGCCCCGCCCCCAGCCGGGAUGACCGUUGGAACCCCACCCUCCACGCUGGCACGUGUGUUACUGGCUUCCCAAGCGGUCAGGCCUCAACAGAUGCUCUGAGCAGCUGGAGGACAGUGGUGCGCAUGCGGGGAGCCCCGCCCCUAGUGGGUGUGCGCAUGCGUGCAGGGGUUCAGGCCCAGGUCCACAACACUGACAAUGGUCUCAGAGGCGAGGCUUCGCAAGUAGGAGGCCAGCCUGCCGCCCUCCUCUGGCUGCAGCUGGUGCUGCUGCCGCCAUGGUCGCCCACCACCACCCUAAACCUGCGAGGGUCCUGGGCCGACCCCGGCCCAGCUCCUGCAGCCGUGCGAGCGGUGGAGGGUGGGCCUCUGACUCCGGAAGCACAGCCAUUGGCCUGGGCAGCCACAGGUGGCAGGGGAGUCUCCACAGCGUGCGGGAAACCCAAGGUGAUGUGGCGGAUCUCUGGUGGUCAGGAUGUGGUGGCUGGCCAGUGGCCAUGGCAGGCCAGCCUGAUGUACCAGGGCUUGCAUGUCUGUGGAGCUGUCCUCAUCAACUCCCGCUGGCUGGUUUCUGCUGCCCACUGCUUUCUCAAAAAAUCCCAUGCUCCAGAGAACUACCGGGUCCUGUUAGGAAGCACGCAGCUGUUUGAACACACUCAGCACACCCUGGAGAUGUCCGUGAGCCGGAUUGUCAUGCACCCAGACUUUGAGAAGCUUCAUCCCUUCGGAAGUGACAUAGCCAUGUUGCAGCUGCUCUUUCCUGUGAACUUCACUUCCUACAUCAUCCCUGCCUGCCUCCCAGCCCCUGGCUUGCAGCUGCUUAAUAAUGCAUCCUGCUGGAUAACUGGCUGGGGGAUGCUCAACGAGGAAACGCCUCUGCCCACACCCUUCCAUCUCCAGGAGGCUAAGGUGGGCCUCAUUGAGAACCAGUUCUGUAAUCUGGUAUAUGGACACAGGCUCAGCAAGAACUUCUCCGUGUAUGAGGAGAUGCUGUGUGUUGGGGACUUCUCUACAGGAAAGGCCAUCUGCCAUGGCGAUUCCGGGGGGCCCCUCGUCUGUGACCUCCUCAGUUCAUGGGUUCUGGUGGGGCUGGCCAGCUGGGGCUUGGACUGCCGACAUCCCACCUACCCCAGCAUCUUCACCAAUGUCAGCUACUUCUCCCAUUGGAUUGACGAGAUCCAGAAGUGCACACCCCUCCCUGAGCCCAUGGCCCCUCCUCCUCACACCCAGGUUCCAUCCCAGUCUCUGCAGGCUGCUGGCUCGCCUGGGCCUGGCACAGCCUUUGUGCCUUCAGAGACCUGGACCCUGCUGCUGUUUGUGCUCCGGGUCCCGUGGCAGGCCUGGUGCUGACCCGCCAGCUCCUGUGCUCCUGUCUCUGCCUCAGAGUCCAGUCUCUUCUCUGGAAACUGCGGCCCCUCCCCCACCAGCUCCAUCAGCUUUCCAUGGCCCCAUCUUGGCAUUUCCGUCCAACAGUGGCCACCCCACAAACCAAGCCUGCAAUCCCAAAUAAACAAAUGAAAGACUCCUCCUGCUCCUGCCUUGGGGCCCUACAGCCCCUCCUGACCUCCAUCCGUACCUCUUCCAUUGAGGUCCACUGUCUGACUCCCUGGACAAGGAAACAGGCCCUGGCAGAGAAGCUGUCUCAGGAGGAAGGCAGGGGUGAGGAUGCUGGUGGAGCCCAGCUGGGGACAGAGAGGGUGUCUUCACUUGCAGGCUCCAUCCUGUGGUGGGAGUGUACAGGCCUUCAGAGAGAGUAUAUCAGUCAGCUCCAGCUGCCAUCACAAAUCCCAUGGGCAAUGGGGCUUAAACAACAAGAAUGUAUCAAGUAACUGUUGAGAUCAAGAUAUGCGCAUGGUUGGUUUGCCCUGAGGCCUCUCUCCUUGGCUUCUAGAUGCCCAUCUUCUGCCUGUGCCCUCACAUCAGCAUCCCUCUGUGUGUUUCUGGGUCUAAAUUUCCCCUUUUUAUAGGGGCACCAGUCAUAUUGUAUUAGGGGCCACCUUAGUGACCUCAUUUUAGCUGUUUCUUUAAAAACUCUCCUCUAGGUGUUCCCGUUGUAGUGCAGCGGAAAUGAACCUGACUAGUAUCCAUGAGCGUUCAUGAUUGAUCCCUGGCCUCGCUCACUAAGUUAAGGAUCCAGUGUUGCUGUGAGCUGUGGUGUAGGUCACAGACAAGACUUAGAACUGUCAUUGCUGUGGCUGUGGUGGCCUGCAGCUGCAGCUCUGAUUUGACCCCGAGCCUCAGAACUGCCAUAUGCUGUACCUGCACCUCUUGAAAAUGAGCAAGUUCCCCUAAAAAAAGGACCCUUAGCUACAUCCGUGGACCAUCCUUGCUCUCUCCUGCCUGCUGCUGAGUAGGAAAAUGUUGGGGAUCCAGAACUCCUCCAAUGACUGGUGUGCUAGCAAUAGCUUCUGUGACAGCAGGAAGCUGCUCCCCCCCAGGCAGAGGCGGUCAGGGGACCGUAGGUGAUGGCUCUGUGCUCUGUGCCCCCUUUCAAACCCUUUGCAUCCCUGCCAUCUGAGGAAGGCAGGCAGUGCCUGGGAAAUCACCCUGGUUACAGAUGUGUCACUUGGCCUGUGUGGCAAGAGGUCACCUGUGAGCCAGAUGGCCCAAAUCCUCUCUGGAACACACUGCUCCAUACCCACCACUUAAAAAUGCCCUUCAAACAAAGCACAUUGGCUGCACAAUUGUAAGAGCUGUAUCGUUAAGAUAUGAUGUCUGUGAUUUAGAAAAGGGUUACUCCUUGCCUUGUUCUUAGAGAAACAUACCAUGAUUUGGUAAGGAGAAGAACCCAGACUAGGCGGCCCACAGCCUCUGUCAAGUGUGUUCCUUCAGCCAAUGCUCUGGUUCCAUGUUGAGGGUUUUGGGGUUGAGCCUUUCCCUGUUGUCAAUGGGCAGGCUUCCCCUUGGUGUAUAUCAUAUGCAAAGGUUGCCCAGCACCUGCCUCUAUUUCAGACAAGCUCCAGUCAUGCUGCCGCUGGAAUUAGGAACCUCCUUUACCCACCCUGUGGACAGUGGUCAUUUCUCUGAUUCUGUGAGUGUAUCAUCCAUUAAACCACUAUUGAUUUUAUUUAUUUAUUUUUUGUCAAGUUAGGCUCCACCUACAGCAUAUAGAUUCCCUGGCUAAGGGUCAAAUGUGAGCUACAGCUGAUUCUAUUGAAUGAAAUUUCUAUUAAUUUCUCUUUCAUUCUUUUUCUUUUUCUUUUUUUUUGGGGGGGUGUACUCUCAACAUAUGGAAGUUCCCAGGC